GAGUCUCACAUCGUCUAAUGAAACAAAGAUUCAGGAAGUAUGCUAGUGUAAAUUAGUAGAAAAUAUGUGAUCAACAAGUCCUGUGAUGUGUCCCACCCACCACUGAGAAGCAUAUAAAAGGGCAUGAGCAGAUGGUGAUGUUCAAACUGAGGAAACGGAUUCCCUGCAACUCAAUCAAAUCCUCUACUCCUGAAACCAUGUGCUACUACGGCAACUACUAUGGAGGUCUGGGUUAUGGUUACGGUGGCCUGGGCUAUGGUUAUGGCUGUGGCUAUGGUGGCCUAGGCUGUGGCUACGGAGGGUAUGGAUAUGGCUGCUGCCGCCCAUCUUGCUACAGAAGAUACUGGUCCUAUGGGUUCUACUGAGAAAUAUUCAGGGAAACUCAACUGAUCAGUCCACCUGGACUUCCACAAUCUGUCUCCAUGAUUCUUCUUAUUAAUAAUUCUAUUGUCUAUUCUAAAUGUCAACAUCAUCCUCAAGAAUCUGAAAAAAAAAA